UUGGAAGUUUCAAACACGGAAGUUUUAGGACUGUCACAGCUCAUUUCACCACUGUACAUAUGGAGUGUGCAGUAGCCUGGCUCCCCUGUUUUGUUUUCCUUUAGAAAGCCAUGCGAAGGUGAGCCGAAAUAAAUCCGUUCAGGCAGCGAGCGUACACGCCUCUUUUGGACUCCAGGAACCAGCUGAUCCAGCGGGAGUCUGGACCCAAUGGCAUCCGCCGGGCAGAUGGACCCGAGUGUGGGAGCGGGGCUCGGGGAGAGCCUGUCGAUCCACGGCAGCACAGAGAAGCUCAACUCCUCCGCUGUCAAUCGCAUCCUGAUGGAGUUCCUGAUGUACUUUGGCAAAGCCAUGCUCGUCUUCUACCCCGUGUAUCUGACAGGAUACCUGGGCCUCAGUAUCAGCUGGGUGCUGCUGUGUAUGGUGCUGGCCACCUGGUGGAAGAAAAACCGCGAGAGGAAAGACACCCGAAUCGGAACCGCCAUCGAUUUUGUGGACAACGAAACACAUGUGGUCAACAAGGAGCUAGCAAGUGCCUUGCAAAUGGCAACAUGGGUCAACUUUCCUGAGGUUGAGAAAGUUGGCUGGGUUAACAAGGUGUUGGAGCAGGCCUGGCCUUUCUUUGGGAUGUACAUGGACAAGCUCCUUAGAGAAAAUAUCGAGCCGACUAUCAGGCUCUCCAACCAUGCGCUCAAAAUGUUCUCUUUUACCAAGAUCCACUUCGGAAACGUACCUCUCAAGAUCACUGGAAUGAGAGCAUACACACAUGAGGUGGAUCAAAGGGAAGUGGUCCUGGACUUGCAUAUAAGUUACGAUGGGGACGUGAACAUCGACGCUGUAGUGAAGCCGCCAAUCACAGCUGGUAUCAAAGGAAUUAAACUCCGUGGGAUGCUGAGAGUCAUUUUGCAGCCUCUUAUUGGUCAAGCACCACUGGUGGGAGGAAUCACCUUUUUUUUCAUCCGCCGCCCUACCCUAAACAUCAACUGGACUGGCAUGACCAACCUUUUGGACAGCCCUGCAUUCAGCUCCUUGUCGGAGGAGACAAUCAAUGACAUCAUUGCCUCGCUUAUGGUGUUGCCCAACCGCAUGUGCGUGCCCCUCAUAGACCAGCUCAAAAUGGAUCAGAUGAGGUUCCCACUACCUCGAGGUGUGGUGAGGGUCCACUUGCUGGAGGCCAGAGACCUGGUGGCCAUGGACACAUACAUGAUGGGUUUAGUAAAAGACAAAUCAGACCCCUAUGCGACACUUCGAGUGGGCACCCGGCAUUUUAAAAGCAAGACCAUCAAAAAGACUUUGAACCCCACAUGGAACGAAGUGUAUGAGUUUGUCGCCCAUGAGGCCCCAGGGCAAGAGUUGGAGAUGGAGAUUUAUGAUGAGGACACCGAUAAAGACGACUUCCUUGGAAGGUAUAACCUUGAUCUCGGGGAGGUGAAGAAGGAAGUAGAAAUGGAUAAGUGGUUUACUCUGGAAGGGAUCCAGAAGGGAGAAGUUCAUCUCAAGCUCCAGUGGCUUUCCCUUAAGUGUGACCCCAGCCUGCUUAGGGAGUCUGCAGAUGGUCUUGCUUGUGCCAUGCUUGCAGUGUAUCUGGACAAUGGCUCAAACCUACCAAAAGACCACAGCGAGAUCUCCGAGCUUCAGAAACCUGGGAAGCAAUCAAAGGAAGCUCGGCUCACAAAAAAGAGAACUGCCUUGCCGAACUCCUUUGUGGAAUUUUCCAUUGAUAAGGACAUUAAGAAAAGCAAGGUUGUGUACGCAUCUAAAGACCCGGUGUGGGAGGAGGGCUUCACCUUCUUUGUGCAUAAUGUCAAAACACAGCAGCUCAAAGUUCAGGUCAAAGAGUCGGAGAAGAAGACUCAGCUCGGUGUUCUCAACUUGCCCCUGGCUCGCCUCCUCAACAUCUCCGACAUGACCAUAGACCAGCGGUUCCCGCUGGAGCGCUCCGGAGUGAACAGCCAGAUCAAGCUGAAAGCCACUCUCAGGAUUCUUGCCGUGGAAAAGCGUCCACCCAAGGUUAUCGUCAAUCCUCCUCCACAAGACAAACGACAAAUCCCACCUACUAACAAAGGAGCUAGCGCCCCUGUAUCCACUCCCUCUGCCACUACAACCUCCUCUCCAGCACUUUCCAACAAAACCACCCCCCCUGCCCAAGCCUCAUCUCCGGCCUUGGCAGCUGAGACCCGGAACGGCUCUAAGGAAACCUGGCAGCCACCUUCUUCCACGUCACCCAUGCGUCGGUAUGACUCCCAGAUCCUGCUGUCAGAGAAUUCCACGGCUUCCCCGGCAAACAUGCGUCGGUAUGACUCCCACAGUCUGCUGUCGGAGAACUCCAUCGCUUCGUCGCGUUUCGACCUUUCAGAGGGGGCCGCGUAUCCAGAGGCCAUCCGGAACCAUCAGGGUUCAUUUGGGGAGAUCCAACUGACUGUACGCCAUGCCACCCUGAGGAAAAAACUCAUCGUCCAGGUUAUCUCCUGCAGGAACAUAUUCCGCUUCAGUGAGACUGGCACAGACUCUUAUGUCCGCCUGUAUUUUCUCCCUGACCAAUCCUGGAUUCACCGCAAGAGGACACAAGUCAAGAAGGGGACAGUCAAUCCUGUCUUCAAUCACAAGUUUGAAUUUGACGUGUCACUUCAAGAAGCACAAACCAGGAAGUUGGAUGUUGCAGUGAAAAAUGGCAAAAUGUUCCACUCACGGGAGAUUAAGGACAUUGGCAUGGUGCUGCUAGAUCUUUCACAGUUGGAUUUAACCAAAGGCAUCACAGAAUGGUAUGAGCUCACACUGCCCGGGCUGAAGAAAUUCAGCUAGUGGGUAGAGCUGGCCGGAUAAAUUCUUGGGUAGUGGCAUGUUCCUUUUGUCUUCCUUAUCAUCAUGGACAAGUUGGGCUUUCCAAAUGCAGCACUAAACCCAUCUCAGAUACUGGAAAUGUUUGCUACUGUAGGUCAAAGGCUGUACACUUGCAGGCACAUAUAGUAAUAUUCCAAACCAAACUCCUACUCAGGGUCUUACUUGGAAUGAAGUGUUUAGUUGUUAUGCAUUUGUCCCACUUACAGAUAUCCCCCAUGAUAUAACAAAAUAUUCAGUUUAAACAUGCUUUGGUAUCCCAGAUAAUACAGUGUAUCAUUUUAUGAUCCAACUUAAUGUAGCUUAUUUGUAUUGACAAGCACAAACACAACAAUUCUGAAUAAUAAUGCAAUUUCUUAGCAUUUAUUUUCCAUAGUAUAUAAUGUACUCUAAUUCAUCAGAACAUGUUUGUAUUUAUACUUGAUCAAGAAAUUAGAUAAUUCCUUUAAUGUAGAUAUUUUUUUGUGGGAGGGUUGGUUUUAAGUUGAUCUGAGCCAAAGUUAUUCUUUUUGUAUUUUUGUGUUAAUAUGUGUAUUAAUAGUUGUUCUGUAAUAUUUCAUAGUAAUAUGAGGAUGGGUUGCACACGUUAAUAUACAUAUACAUAUUCACAGCUGGAAGAAGCCAAAUACUGAGCAGUCCUACUAAAGAAGUCGGUUAAUUAGAAGAGAAACAGCAUCCAAGCAAAGCACAUGACAAAUAUCCUAUAGUUCUUAGCUUAAGCGCACCUUGACAAUAGUGAGGGAGUGAGUACAUAUUUUAUACCUAACCCUUCAGAUUUAUCACCUGGUAUUUAAGUAAUCUUCAAUUUCAACAUUUCAAAUACUCUCACAAACAAGCUUCAUAAAGUGUAUAAAUAAAAUGGCUUUCUGCAUGUGUAGAAUUGAACUUGAAGAACCAAGCUAAUUCAUUAAGGUGUGCAACAAUUGCCAUUACAUAGUUACAACUAUUAUCACAAUACAUUUGUAAGCUUAUAUCUUGACUGCCAUGGACUUGUGGUAGCCAUCUAUGAUAAAUAUAUUGUUGACUGCUAAUGGCUAAAAAGUUGGCCAAGAAUGUGGUCUAAUGGUAAACAGUUCAUCUGUUGUCCUUUUUAAAUUAUUCCACAUCUGGAAAAUGUAUUGCCAGUUUACAGUUUCUGGUGUUUUUGAAUUGGCACAGUAAAUGACUGUGGCAUUUUUUUUUUCAGCUAACAUUUUCAUAGCAAAUAAACAUCUUUAAGAAAAUAAA